CUUAAAGCCGUGAAAGAACGACUGAGUUGUAGUGAAUUGCAUAUCGGUAAGGAAGACAUCGAAGAAACAAGCCUGAAGGACACCGACGAACUGGUGACAGAAGUUGGCGACCAGAAUUGCCCACAAAAGAUGUCGACGGGGAAUUUGGAUGAACUGAUGCUCAGGCAGCAGUACAUCAUUCACCAGCAGAAUCAGCAACGACUACUUGCAAUGGCAUCUGCUUUCCAUGCUGCACAGCAUUCCAGCAGUGUGCGACUCGGAUUCAUGCUCCCGCCCGGCAGCUCAUGA